GGCCCCUCCCUGUCCUGCAGUGGAAGCUGCGGUGACUCUGGGGUUAGUUUCUGUGGGUGCGGAGGCGUUCCAGGUGUGGGGGAGCGGGAGCCAGGGCCGAGCUCUGGCUAGCCCUCUCCGGAGCUCUGGGCCUUCCUUCCCCUCCCCCGUCCUUAGCUUGAGGGUGGAGUGGGGGCCCGCACUGCACUUCUCAGCCCCUCUGCUCCCUGAGAUGCAGCUCCCUGGGAGAGCUGUGAAGGACCUCUGUGCCCCUGGCUGGCCUCCUGGCUUACUUCAGGGGCAGCGAGGGGAACCCUAGGUUGGAGAGAGUCGCCUUAUGGGCGGAUGGCUCCCUGAUGGAUCCUGGACCGCGUUGGCCCCGCGAGCAGCCAGCUCCCUGCCGGCCUCCGGUGUGCUGGCGGCUCUUGCUCAGAGCUGGGAUGGAGCAGCAUCAGCAGGUCCAUCCCUCCUUCCUUGUGCGCUCUCUGCGGACCUGCCCUGGCUUCCUCCCUCACCUGCCUGGACUCUGCUCCUCCGGAAGGUUCCUGGGCUGGCAGGAGCCCAGCAAGAGGCCCUUGGUACCUGUGGGCUCCACGUUGGUAUCUGUUUUCUAGGGAUUUCUGAAUCUCACUGGGUGCAGCUUUGGAACCUCAGUCUCAGAUGAGCCUGUGGUGACCUAGCACAGCACCUGCGCCCCAAGAGUUCCCCACUCCAGUACCUCUGCCCCGGUCCACCUGUUAGCCAAAGCAAGAUGUCUGGGUGGUAGUGUCUUCUCUCAGACUUUUUGCUCAGUUGCCCAGAUCCUGGCUGUCCUGUCCAUCUCUUGUACCAGCAGCCUGCACCUCCUUCUGUAAUGGGAGCCUUUGCUCCUGGCCGCUCUUCUGGGCUCCGACUCAGCGCUUUUGACUCCAUUCUUCUCACCAUAGGCAGAGUGAUGGGUCCGAAAUGCAGAUCUGAUCCUUGUCCUUCCUGAACAUCCUUCUUCAGAGACUGCAGGAUGACAUGCCUGUCUUUGCACACUCGCCCCCUCCUCUGCCCCCACCCCACUCCUAAUCACCUUGCCCUGUGUGUCGGGUCUCCACCCUCCUGAACCCCUGCAGUAGUGGUGGAGGAGGCGGGGAGGGGUGAGAGUGAGCUUCCGUCUCCCAUCCCAAGCUCUGUGUUCUCAGGAACGGCCCUGCCAGCACAUCGGAUUGAGAAAAAAGGACAGAGGGACAGUCAAGUCUAAUUCCACAGACGUCUGGGACGACGGGUCGGGGAGGAGGAGGCGCUCGGCUGCCGGGCCCUGUACUGGCCACGUGGUCCCCCGCAGGACAGAACACUGCAAUUGUGCUGAGACCUGUCUCAUUCAUCGAGCGGACUGUGCUUUUGGCGUCAGGUCUCCGUGGGCCCGGCUUCACCAGUCACGUGUGGAUGCCCAGCUUGGGCGGGGGUGAAGGUUCCGGCUCUCUCCCUGGAAACAGACCCGGUGGGUGUGCAGAGGGCGGGGACGAGCGGCACCCCCGGCAGACUUGUGCCCUCGGCAGCUGGCCGUUAGGUGGUGCCUCAUGCCUCACCCUUCCCAGAGCCAGGAGCAUGCCUGCCCCACCGUUUGCUCUUGUCGAUAAAGCCACAGGGACCAGCCCCAGCAGCCAGAAUGUGAAGGCCCAGAACCUGCGGGAAGGUCGGCAGGAGGGAGCACCUGCGUGUGCAGCUCAGCCACUGGCUACUCCAAAGGGGGCCCUUCCUGAAGACAGUUGCCGGGCCCUGGGUGCCCUGCCUGCCUAGAGAGCAUCAGCCCCAGGCACUGGGGGCCAGGACCCCCGGACUCUGGACACACACCCGCCCAGCCCUCCCUCCUGCCGCACCUCCUCUUAGCACUGACACCCGGAAGGCUGGGGGUGCUGGGGGGCGGCGGGGGAGGAAGGCCCGGCCAUGGCUGCCCCUGGACCCCACCUGGUCUCCUAAGACAGAAAGGCAAGGGCUCUCUGGGCUCCCAGGGGUGUGUGCCCUGCCCUGCCCUGCCCUGCCCUGCCCCUGCGUGAGGAGCCGGGAGCUGCAGCCUUGUUAUCUGGGUGAUUAGCUUCAGACCCUGGACUGACACUGGCCAGGUCCCGCCUGCUUCCUGCAGGGUGUCCUCCUGACCCCACGCGGGUGGAAGGCCCUGCCCAUCGAGCGGCCAAGGUGCUCGGGCCCCGGGAGGCGGGCUGCAGGUGCCCUCCCACGCCGCCUUUCUGCCUGGGGCCCGUGGCCCUCACACCUGCCCAGGCCUGGUCACAGCGUGGGGCCUCCUGACCCAGCCUUGCCAGGCACAGAGGCCACGAACCUCGGGAGGGGAUGCCCCUGAGGGAGCCAGUCCAGCCAGCUGCCCCCCGCCUCAGGCCCAGCCUGGCCCCUGUGCUGCCCCGGUUGGUGCCCCCCGCACCCCCCCUGGCAGCCAGCCCCCGCCAUGGCCGAGCACCUGGAACUGCUGGCAGAGAUGCCCAUGGUGGGCAGGAUGAGCACUCAGGAGCGGCUGAAGCAUGCCCAGAAGCGACGGGCCCAGCAGGUGAAGGCGUGGGCCCAGGCUGAGAAGGAGGCCCAGGGCCGCAGGGGCCCAGGGCAGCCACCACAGGGCGCGGCGCGAAAGCGGGUGCUCUUCCCGCCCAGCGUCACCCUCCUCGAGGCGGCUGCCCGGAAUGACCUGGAAGAAGUCCGCCAGUUCCUCGAGAGCGGGGUCAGCCCUGACCUGGCCAAUGAGGACGGCCUGACGGCCCUGCAUCAGAGCUGCAUCGACGACUUCCGGGAGAUGGUGCAGCAGCUCCUGGAGGCUGGGGCCCGGGUCAACGCUCGUGACAGUGAGUGCUGGACACCGUUGCACGCCGCAGCCACCUGUGGCCACCUGCACCUGGUGGAGCUGCUCAUUGCUUGCGGUGCUGACCUCCUGGCAGUCAACACGGAUGGGAACAUGCCCUAUGACCUGUGUGAGGAUGAGCAGACACUGGACUGCCUGGAGACAGCCAUGGCCAGCCGCGGCAUCACCCAGGACAGCAUCGAGCAGGCCCGGGCCCUGCCAGAGCUGCACAUGCUAGAGGACAUCCGGAACCUGCUGCAGGUGGGGGCCGACCUCGACGUCCCCCAGGACCACGGGGCCACGCUGCUACAUAUUGCUGCGGCCAACGGGUUCAGCGAGGCGGCCGCCCUGCUGCUGGACCACCGGGCCAGCCUGAGCACCAAGGACCAUGACGGCUGGGAGCCGCUGCAUGCGGCAGCCUACUGGGGCCAGGUGCGCCUGGUGGAGCUGCUUGUGGCACACGGGGCUGACCUGAACAGCAAGUCCUUGAUGGACGAGACGCCUCUCGACGUGUGCGGGGACGAGGAGGUACGCGCCAAGCUGCUGGAGCUGAAGCACAAGCAUGAUGCCCUCCUGCGUGCCCAGGGCCGCCAGCGCUCCCUGCUGCGCCGCCGCACCUCCAGCACUGGCAGCCGCGGGAAGGUGGUGAGGCGGGUGAGCCUGACCCAGCGCACCAGCCUGUACCGCAGGGAGCACGCCCAGGAGGCCAUCGUGUGGCAGCAGCCCCCGCCUGCCAGCCCCGAGCCGUUGGAAGAGGAUGAGGACCGCCAGACCGACGCAGAGCUCCAGCCGCCGCCCCUGGAGGAGGAGGACCCUGAGGAGGCCAGGCCGCACAAUGGCCGAGUGGGGGGCCCCCCGGGACGGCACCUGUACUCCAAGCGGCUGGACCGGAGCGUCUCCUACCAGCUGAGCGCCCUGGAGAGCGCCUCCCCCGACGCCCUGGUGCGCGCCAAGGCCCACCACACCCUGGCAGAGCUCAAGCGGCAGCGGGCGGCUGCAAAGCUGCAACGACCCCCAGCUGAGGGGCCCGAGGCUGCUGAGGCUGGCCUGCCUGUGGACACUGAGACCCCCCAGCCGGAGAGUGGCUGUGGGGCGAGUGGAGACCCGCCCCUGCUGAAACUCACAGCCCCCUCAGAGGCGGCCCCUGUGGAGAAGAGACCAUGCUGCCUGCUCAUGUGAGGGCCUGGCUGCUGGGGCGGUGAAGGCCCCACUGCCCAGCCCCGGGCCCCCGCUCUGCGUGCCCAGUGCGUGUCCCGGGCCAGGCUGCCAGCCUCCCUGAGGAACAGCCCCGAGGCAGAAGCUGUGCCUGGGAGGCGCCUGGCUGCAGAGACCUAGUGUUGUCCUGUGACCCUCGAUAAAGGGCUGUUCUGCCACUGC